CAGGUGCACAGUCUUACAACCUGGUGCAGGAGACGCAGUGUGCAGACAUCCUAGAUUCCUAUUUCAGAACCCAAAUACACCCCUCACGUUCCACACAGACAUGGCAAUGUUCACGGACAUCAACCGAGACAAGUACGGAGUUGUUCGGGGUAGGUGUCGAGACUGCCCCGAGGACUGUCCUCAGUAUUCCCUGCCUGUCCUCAGACACAACUGUACAUAUUGCGGGUGUCCAGCGGGUCAGCAUGAGAGGGUGGAACCUCGACCUGAACACAUCAUCAAGAUGGAACCAGGGGAGGAGGGGGCAGGAUCCCCGGGGCGGAGUGAUGACCGACCACCACGCGGUCCGUCGAGAAGAGCCCAGCCAAGUACCUCCAGGCGAAAUGAGUCGCCCACUGGCUCACGAAAUCACCAGGAUACAUCACGUACAGUAAUCCAGAAACGUUGUCAGACGUUAUUUGAGGAUUCUGGCGUCACAUAUUCUCAUCUUCAAAGAAACCUUACAAAAACUCAACGCGGCGUGUUUACAAUCCUAUGGAAGGGAAACAUAAUUUAUGUUGGGGAGCCAAAGAAGACGCCCCUAUUAACUAACCUUCGUGGUAUCUUUACUGGUGGAAGCCAACAAGACAUCAGCAAGUAUUUGAAAAGUUUAGCCAACGAUUUGAAAGAGAAGCAUGUCCGAAUCGCUUGGCUGACACACAUGGAUGACGACCCACACUGCCAAACGUGCAGAGAAGGCAGGAAAAAGCUUUCGUAUCGACAUUGUGUUUCAAAUCUGCAAAGCAAGGAUCCGAGGAAGGUCCUCUUGGAUCUCAAGACAAAAUUUUCACGCCAUUAGAAUCAAAAUGUUUCUCGUGUUUCAACUGACCACUAAUUGUAGUGUUUAGUUUGAAACCUUUCUACUCCUAGCAUCGUCUUUGUAGCUGUAUGUCUCUUUAUCUCAACAGUCUGUAGCAUAAUUGUGGUUUUAAGGAUUUUCUGGGAAAAUAUCACAAGACCAAAUAGCGUCCAUUCCAAUUUGGAAUGAACGUUGGAAUGCUUUGGAAAGAUCGCU